CACCCACAUCUGGAAGCCACAUGUCAGAGGCAGCUGAAUAAAACAGUCAGCCCAGCAAACUUAGGGUAACAAUUUUUGCCAGAAGCCCAGGCAGCAUGGACCUCACUUUUCUGUGGGUGCUUCUGCCAGUGAUCACCAUGGCCUGGGGCCAGUAUGGUGACUAUGGGUACCCAUACCAGCCAUACCACGACUAUAGCGAUGAUGGAUGGGUGAAUCUGAACAGGCAGGGCUUCAGCUACCAGUGUCCCCACGGGCAGGUGGUGGUGGCCGUGAGAAGCAUCUUCAACAAGAAGGAAGGUUCUGACAGACAAUGGAACUACGACUGCAUGCCCACGCCCCAGAGCCUGGGGGAGCCUACGGAGUGCUGGUGGGAGGAGAUCAACAGGGCCGGCAUGGAAUGGUACCAGACAUGCUCCAACAACGGGCUGGUGGCGGGAUUCCAGAGCCGCUACUUUGAGUCAGUGCUGGAUCGGGAGUGGCAAUUUUACUGCUGUCGCUACAGCAAGAGGUGUCCAUAUUCCUGCUGGCUGACAACAGAAUAUCCAGGCCACUAUGGUGAGGAAAUGGACAUGAUUUCCUACAGUUAUGAUUACUACAUGCGAGGAGCAACAACUACUUUCUCUUCAGUGGAAAGGGAUCGCCAGUGGAAGUUCAUAAUGUGCCGCAUGACUGAUUACAACUGUGAAUUUGCAAAUGUUUAGAUUUGCCACAGACUAAAUCUGGGUGAAGGGAAAGCGGCCAGGAGACCCGAGGGUGUCCACACGCGUUAACAUCUGUUGGAACGCCUCUAGCUGUUUCUGCUGCUCUCUUUUCUUCUCCCUCAGCGGGUGGCUGCAACGCCAGCUUCCUGGGCCUUUCUAUUAUCUCACGUAUAAUAAAAUCCACAGUUAAACCCUCUUUCUCACUUUCAACAUGUUCCAUAGCAACCAUUUUGUAUGACUUGCAAUGUCUUCCUUGCACACCAUAUUUGCAGCCGGGCUUCCGGAGCACCUGCCACAGCCUUGCUACUACAGAAUUUAUUACAGAAUGAGCUGCAAGUUCAGCAGAGUGGAGUGCAGGAGCAGAGCUUGAAGAGGGGGCACCGAAAGUCCCUACCACUAUCUGUUUGAUUGACACCCAGGGUCCUCAACAAGAGCAGGCCUUCUGCCUUGAGGAACGUGCUUCCACCCUCCCUCUGCACAUGAGCCAUGCAUGCUCGGAAGUCCAACGGCAGAGCUCUGCACCUCAGGAUUGAGGAACCUGGGGGGUAAAUGGGGAGGUGGGAAGGUUUGGGGGCAGAGCUGAAAGACCUAAGGUUGGAGGUAUUUCCUGAAUUAGAAGAUGAACAUGAUGAAAAUGAGUGCAGGGGCCAGGGGAGCCUGUGAGAAUCAGUCUCAAGUAAGAACAAAACAAGAAAGAAGAGGAAGGUCAGAGAAUGGAACUCAGAUUGGGAACUUGGGUAGACGAGCGUAACUAGGUUGCUCUGGCAAAUGGAAAAAGGAGUCGGAGUCACUGGCACCUGGAGGCAUGCCCAGGACUCCUGGGAGGCUGGCAUGGGGAGCUACUGACAAACUCACCUGGAUUUCUCCUGAUCUUCUGGAUGGGAAAGUCUGCCCCGGGAAUCCACUUCCCUUCUGUGUGUAGCUCAGGGGUGUCUUCUGCAGAAGUGGCACUACCUGUCCUCCUCCUGUGAUGUCUCUGUCCCCAGCCCUUUGUACUCUCUUUAUUAUAAAAGGAAUAAAAAUAUUAACAUUUACUAUGCUGCAAA